UUCGGUGUAUUCAACUGGUUGUCAGCACAUCACAGCGAGCUAGCGAACGACCAGCGCAAUAUUGUGAAAAUAAUUCCAGCUGCUGCAGCUGAAAAAUCAAUAAAAUAUAUUGAGAUAAAACUCCUACGUAAGCAGGCGAUAAGAAAUGCGCAAUAUGCUGGUCCAACCUAAGCGAACUUUUGGCAUGCUGCUUGGCUGCCUCAUGCUGAUGUUGGGCUCUACUCGGGCUGAGGGGUACGAGACGAAGGACAGCAUUUUUGCCGAUGUGCUGCUGACGGAGCUGCUCAAUCGCAUGGAUAACGAUAUGCAGGUGGGCUACUAUGAUGUGGACAAUGAAGGAGAUUUGGCAGCGGCUGCUGCAUCGGCAGCCAAGGAUAAUGUGGAUUUGGUUUCGCGCUCGGAAUACGCUCGCCUCUGCGAUGGCGGCCACGAUUGCCUGUUGCAAUCGGAAAGCUCAAAUCCUUCGCUGCGGGACCAGGAGUUCCUACAGCACAGCUCACUGUGGGGACAUCAGUACGUGUCGGGUGGCAUGGGCGAGAUGCCAAAUCGUUACAGUACAAUUGUGAAGACCGAUGCCAGUUUGCCCGCCUACUGCAAUCCACCCAAUCCCUGCCCCGAGGGCUACACCUUGGAGCAGCAGCAGGCAGCCGAUUGUAUUAUGGAUUUCGAAAAUACGGCAAGUUUUUGUCGUGAAUUCCAAGCGGCCCAGGAAUGCACCUGUGACAGCGAGCAUAUGUUUGACUGUGCCGAUCAGGAGAAUGCAUCUGGCACUGGAACUGGCGAUGGCGAUAUUAAUUCGGCCGUUGAGAAGUUCUUGUUGCAUCAGUUUGGCAACGACAAUGUCUUGGACAAUGACAACGGUGUUGUGAAGAAGGCCGGCCAUCUGCCUGGAUUACCCAAUCCUUUCCUCCAAGUGGGUCCAGGCGAUCGUCUGCCCAUUGCAGCUAAGAAGGGCAACAUGUUGUUCCAUUAAAUAUUUAGCCAAUGAUGAAAUAUGGCUUAAGAAAAAAAGAAGAACAUUAACCUUUGUGUUUUAGUUUACUAGUUUGGACAUUAUUGAAGAUACUAUUUGUCUAACAUUAAUUAUCACAGUCGUUUCUAAAUGUUAUCCCACAUGCGUAUAUACUAAUGGCUCAUAGCAGCUUCCAAGAACCCAUAGAAAUAACGUUAUUCCAAAUAAACUAUGGCUUAAAGCCGAAAAACAAAA